GAAAUGACGUUACAGUAGUGAAUGACUGAAUGCAGGCGAAAAUCGCUAUCAUCCUGAAGGUGGGCAGUCGCACGCGGGCUGGGUACCACGCCCAGGGGGAGAUUUUGUGCGCCAGUUAGCCAACCACGAGACGUGGUAUCUAGUGACGCAGUGCGGAUCAAGUCUGGAGCGGACAGUCGUUCCCCCAAUUUUUUGACGUGCAACCUUGUCCGUCAUUCAUUAAAAUUCGGAUCUCAGUCUCACAGAAAGUUUGUAAAUAGAUUGAUAGGAUUUGGAAUAUAUCCCUGAAACCUUCUCAUUUCUCUCGUCUACCAUUAUGUGACUUAUCGCUGCCGUUGUGUGUUGCCGUAGAUCCACUUUUGCAUAAUCUGAAUUCUAUGGUAUCAUGGCUUGCGGUUGAAGGAUCGUGGGAUAGACAGCAAAAGCUGUACCUACCAGUGUAGCUGUUUCUUAAAGCGAUUACUCCCUUUGAUAGCGAAAAGUUAUCUUAAAUUUUGGUUGUGCCAUGGAAAAGAUUGAACUUGGAGCGCCCUUUCGGGCAACCCGUCUGUGGAACAUGGUAGCCAAUGCCUUUACUAGACAAAUGCCGGUUAGAAAACACUGGUCUAGGUUGCAGAAAUACGAAGAGUGUUUUACGGGCUCGGAAGCGGUUGAAUGGAUGCAUGCUUAUCUAAAAAACAACCCCAAUUUUGGUGAAAAAUGCACCAGGGCCGUUGCUGUUAAAAUGCUACAGAAACUUCUUGCUCAUGAAGCCUUUCAACCAGUCCGGCCGUCAGGCAAAGACAGCCAUUCACUCAAAUUCAAAGAAGACAGUCAAUUGUACAAAUUCCCUGCAUCGCUGACCAGUGAGAACGGUGUUAAGUCUGUCCGACCCUUCUCACUAUCCAAUGGUCAGAGCAAAUCUUUGUCUUGUGAUUAUACCACGCAUCCGACCGAAUCAGCCAAACUAACAGCGGAAGACAUAUGGACCGAUGAGUUCUAUGCUCACCUGACAAAGUUACUGCAACUGGAUAUCGAGGCCACAAUAUGUCCGUUCGCUGAUCGUGCCUUGGAGAUUCAGAAUGUCAUGAGCAAUGUCACGCAGCAGCGCUGGCCGGAAAUCAGUUCAGUUGUGCCGGAAUUUGUGUUGAUGGCGAUGAAGGGGUUGGAAAAAUGGCCUAAUACACCAAAGGGUGUGCCUAAUAGCCUGGGAUUUGAACGUUCCUUGAUGCACGUCGUCGAGGCUUUUUUACGGGGAAAUUGUUGCCCUUUAGUUGAUGGAGCCACAGCCGAUUUACUGAAACAGUGUUUCGAGCUUUUAUUACCAACUAUCCCGAAGCGGCACAGCAUCAGCAUCGACACAUCCUCGUCAGUUGAAAGCUUUAUGAUGGAAAUUCUUAAUCAUCGUGACGCACUGAACGGUACGAAUCAGGCUGAGUCAGUGGUUUAUGAAACGGAAUUCUCUGGAACGGUACCGGAAACACGACUCGUACGUAAACGGCCGCGCUCAAACAGCCUGUUUCCCAGUCUGGACUCGACAUCCUGUGGUGGGCCAUCCAAACCUUCGUCCAGCAGCCGAUCCGGAAGUUCGGAAUGUGUCAUGCCCGUUUCAGCAUCUGUCAGCAGUACAGGAAGUUCACCGAUUAUGCCCAAGAUUACGCGCCAUUCCAUUGAUCUGUCCAUGCGGCCGGUCGGGUCGAGUCUGGAGAAACUCAAUCCCGGAUAUCGUGAUGAAAGUUUUGAUGAUUUAGAUGAGCAGUUUUAUACACCACUUGGCAAAGUAUGUGGUGCAGCCGGCAACGGCUGCUCGGAUUGGGAUGAUUUGCUGCUGACGUCACCAUGCCCGAAACUGAUCAGCAGUGUUCAGUUAGUGCUAAAUGCACUGACACCCAAAGCUUACGCACUACUUCGGAUGGUUCUGGGAAUGUUCGAACAUGUGGUGAAAAAUAAUCGACUGAAUUUUUCCGAUGACCUCCCAACAACUUAUUUCAUUGUUCGAUGCUUCACGCCAAUUAUAUUCCCCAGUUCUGAUCCAUCGUUCAUGCAUUUAUUGCGGUUUAUGAUCUCCAAUGCUGGGAGGUUGUUUCAACAAGUUGAAGAAUUUCAGCAGAUAGUGGAAUUGAAAAUCAAGGCAGUAGGCAUCGUUUCUGCCUUUUCCCAGCGUAUUACCAAGCAGGAGUACGAUGCGCAAAAAGAUUUGUUGAAUGACCAUAUGGCCAUUCUGCUCAACAGUAUCAUUGCCGAUGCUUCGAUGAGCAUUAAAGACAAACGGAAAAAACUAAAACAGUUUCAGAAACAGUAUCCGGACGUUUACGCAGCCCGCCUCGCCAACUCCACAAGUGAAGAGUCGAUUUUUGCUGCCUGCAGUAGCAAGCCGAAACCUCGGUUGACUAAAUUCAAAAGCCUUCGCAUUUAAGGAAAUCUAUUCCGACAUAUGGAGGACUUGCCAGAGUGUUUUCCUUAGAGAAAGGAAGCGGAAAUGUCCUUUCCGUUCUUCUUGUUUUUACUUUUCGUUUACUGAUGACCAGAACCUGCCUUACCGGGAUCUCUCUAAUCGUUUUGCAUUUUUUGCGUCCUUGUAGUCAAUAUUAUUUUGACUUUUUAUUGUAUUGGCUUUCGAAUCUGAAGUGCCUGCUUGUUCAAACGCGAUAGUUUGCACAACAUUGUCCUUUUGAUAGGAACACAUGUAUUGAUUAAAUGUUUGAUUUUUGA